AUGGGUGUUGAUCUUGAAUCUGUGUCGGAGGCAACGUCAGGUGCUAUUGGUUCAUUACUCAGCACAACGAUUUUAUACCCUCUUGAUACGUGUAAGACUAAGUAUCAAGCUGAGGCUCGUGCUCAUGGACUACAAAAAUACAGGAAACUUACUGAUGUUUUAUGGGAAGCAAUAUCCACUCGACAAGUUCUUUCACUAUACCAGGGCUUAGGGACAAAAAAUCUACAGUCUUUCAUUUCACAGUUUGUCUACUUCUAUGGGUAUAGCUACUUUAAGAGACUAUAUCUGAAGAAGAGUGGUUCCAAACAUAUUGGAACAAAAGUUAACUUGGUUAUUGCUGCUGCUGCUGGGGCUUGCACUGCCGUUGUAACUCAGCCCCUCGAUACAGCCUCCUCGAGGAUGCAGACAAGUGCCUUUGGUAAAUCAAAAGGACUUUGGGAAACCUUGACAGAGGGCCGUUGGAGUGAUGCAUUCGAUGGCCUUGGCAUCUCUCUUUUGCUGACCUCAAACCCUGCAAUUCAGUAUACAGUAUUCGAUCAGCUCAAACAAAAACUAUUAAAGACAAACAAGAACAAUGCAGAAAAGACUGCAGUAACCCUUUCUGCCUUCUCAGCUUUUGUUCUGGGUGCACUCUCAAAGAGUAUAGCCACCUUUCUGACAUAUCCUGCAAUCAGGUGUAAGGUAGUGAUUCAAGCUGCUGACUCAGAUGAUGAUGAAACUAAGAAAGCUCAGCGAAAGUCUACGAAGACAUUGCCUGCAGUCAUAUGUGCUAUAUGGAAAAGAGAGGGAAUUUUGGGCUUUUUCAAAGGACUGCAUGCCCAGAUCUUGAAGACUGUACUGAGCUCAGCAUUGCUUUUGAUGAUCAAGGAGAAAAUUACCAAAACUACUUGGGUUCUUAUACUCGGGAUUAGAAGCUUCAAGUUUUCCUUCAAAGUUGUGGCAAUAGUUGCUGACAAUCAACAUGCAACUAUUCCGAGUUUGAAAGAGAUGCCUGAGCUUAGUACUAACUACCAAGCUGUGUUGUCUAGGCCAAAAAGAAGCCGAGGAGCUCAAGUGGUUAAGGUUGGCAUACCCUCGGUGGAGAGAGUAAGACAUAGCGUCCGAAUAGAGGAGAUCACAAGAUCAUCUCAUUACGUGAGCAAAAAUUUAGAUCAAUUACAUGAUCGUAUGAAAAAAGUUGAAACGAACAUUAGAUAUCUAGUAGUUGUUGACAAGAACACUAGAUGUCAUGAACCAAGACCCGUCUCGAAGCAUGGAGAAGUUCAAGAGUUGUAUAUUCAACUUCUUCUUGGUAGCGAUCGUGAACAAUUUUAUCCAAAGCUGAAGUAG